AUGGAGCCGGAGGAGGAAAUAAGUGUUGUAGGAGUAUCUGAAACAUAUUCUGAAGUACACAUGAACUCUCAUCCAGAUCCAAUUGUUAAGACUGCUUCGCUCAACAGCGUCCCCUCUCCGCUUGUGUCGUAUAAGUUACGUCUUCCAGCAAGUGUUUCUCACGGAAAACUAUCCUCAAUACAGUUGGAUGCAAUAGAACACGCCUGCCAGCAGCACGAGUAUAUGCUUAGUAGCGGUGGAAGAACUGGUUUUCUGAUAGGUGAUGGGGCAGGCGUUGGAAAGGGAAGAACAAUAGCUGGCUUGAUUUAUGAAAAUUGGCGGUGUGGGAGACGCAAGGCUCUCUGGCUAUCUGUUUCCCCAGACUUAAUAGAAGACUCCAAGAGAGAUUUGGCCGACAUUGGCGCUCGGGAAAUUAAAAUUUCUAAUUUAACGUCAAUCAAAUGUGGCGAGAAAGUAAAAUACCCGGAAGGUGUCAUGUUUUUGACAUAUUCGAGUCUGAUUGGGCAAGGAAGGGUUCCCGGGAAAGGGCUUGCAACAAGGAUAGACCAGAUUAUAGCUUGGGUAGGAAAAUAUUUCGAAGGACUGAUUUUAUUUGACGAGUGUCAUCAAGCGAAAAACCUUUGCCCGGGAAAACAUUCAAGAUGUAGCAAAACCGGAAGUGCCGUUGAAGCUUUGCAAAACGUAUUAUUAAAAGCCCGGGUUGUAUAUGCCUCUGCAACUGGAGCAUCUGAGCCAAGGAAUAUGGCAUAUAUGACUCGGUUAGGAAUUUGGGGUAAAGGAACCCCCUGGCAAUUCUCCGACUUUACCACCGCUGUAGAAAAUAGGGGCAUAGUCGCAAUGGAAAUGGUUGCCAUGGAUAUGAAGCUUCGAGGUGCCUAUAUUGCACGCCAGUUGAGUUUCAACGGAGUAGAUUUUAGAAUUGAAAAGAUACCCAAGAAUUUUCCGAAAUGUACAAUGGAUUCAUUGUUGCAGUGGGUCUUCUGUAAGGAGAAAUUUGAAGAGGCAAUAAAAUUGAUGGGUGUUAAUGGGGACAAGGUAUGAGCCCAAUUCUGGGGAUCCCAUCAGAGAUUCUUCAAGUACUUAUGCAUUGCAGCCAGGGCGGAUCGAUUGAUUGAAAUUUCAAAGCAAGCGGUUCAAGAUGGGAAAUGCGUCGUAAUAGGAAUACAGUCGACUGGGGAGGCCAUAACUGAGGAAGAGGUUGAGAAGAAAGGACAAGUGCUAGAUUUCGUUUCUAUUACAAAAUGUACUCUACUGAGCCUUAUAAGGAAUCAUUGCCCUUCUCCCACCCAGAAAGAAAUACGAUUGUUGCGAAAUGAUAAGGCUCGUAGCGGAACUAGACCUGCGCCACCAAAGAGGGCACGACUAGAUGACGCUUUACUCAAAACUGGUGUGAGCUACGAAUCCUUAUGUAAAGCCACCAAUAUCCGAUGUCGCCUAUUGAAACGUAUUGAGGAUAGUAUGAAUGAUCUCCCCAAAAAUACUCUCGAUUAUCUAAUAUAUAAAUUCGGGGCUCCAUCGAAAGUGGCAGAGGGCGAAAAAAAACGAUUGAUUAAGACGGGCGGCAAGGUUAUAAAUCAAAAACGAGACGACGGAGUCAGGGGGAAUUUAGAAGCUACUAGCAUUCGUGAUCUCGGCGAGUUUACAGAGAGGCGUUUAUUUAUGGAAGGGAAAAAGUUCAUAAUAUCCGAAGCAGCUUCCUGUGGGAUUUCGUUGCACAGUGAUCGCAGAGUAGUCAACAAGAGACGAAGGGUUCACAUAACACUGGAGCUACCCUGGAGCGCAGAAUCGGCAAUCCAGCAGUUUGGUCGGACUCAUAGAAGUAAUCAAAUUAAUGCCCCAGAGUAUGUUCUUCUAGCAUCUGAGUUGGCUGGAGAACAUCGGUUCACAUCUCUAGUAGCGAAGAGACUAGAAAGUCUGGGUGCUCUCACACAUGGUGAUCGUCGUGCAAAUGAUCGAGACCUUAGCCAUUUUCAUAUUGACAACACUUACGGACAGGCGGCGUUAAAAAAUGUUAUGGGCUACAUAACCGGGGAGCAUGUGGAUUGUGAACCCGUUUUUGAAAUCCCCAAUUUCCGGAAUGAUGUCACACGUAGCUUGACCGGAGCUGGGCUAAUAAGCCCCAACGGCACCAUGAACAUUGCGUCAUUGACUAUAAGCAAGUUCCUCAACAGGAUUAUGGGCACCAACUUAGCAAUCCAGAAAUCUCUAUUUCGCUACUUUACCGAUAGUUUGGAAACACUAGUUUCCAGAGCAAAGUCGGAGGGGACAUUUGACAGAGGAAUAUUGGACCUGGGUGUAUCCAGCGCUGAACAUACUCGCCAUACUGGUACAAAAUUGUUUGAAAGGCAGCACGCAACUGGAAUUGCGAAGGAUACGGAGCGGAAACUUAUCGUGUUAGUAGCAGCAACAACUGAUUUCGUAAAAGCUGAGAGCAGCAUAAGGUUAGAGUCUGAAAUAAUUGACCAGGUAUCCGGCGAGGUUCAACCUGAAAGUAAUACCUUCAAUAACUUUCUCAAAACUCCUGAAUUUCGGCCGGAGGACUACGUUAGGUCGAAUAAUCAAGUAGUGGGUUUUAAUACGGAAACCACUGUGGACACUACAGGCGUGGAGUUUGCCUCUAUGGGAACCUCUAUCGCGUUUAAGACGCUGAAAGAACAGGAGACCCAAAUCAAAGUCGACCCGGAAGACAAGUACGUCGUGGUGUUUUUCACCAACGAAACUCGUUAUAGAGUGAGGUUCACUCAGGUGACGCAAGCCAAGAUGUACUAUGAACAAGUUAUCCAGGGCAUUCUAAAUGUGUCCGGAUCAUCAGCAACGUCUUCAUUAGGCUCAUCGGGCUCUGACAGAUCACUGAGAAGUUCAAGUGAUUCCAGCUGGGGGGAGGAAGAGUCUGACACCGAUAUGGAGGAGGUACCAGCAGACAACGAAAAGAUUAUUAAGCGACAAUUGAAGAAGUCGCUUAGUUCAGACAGUGGGGCCGCUGAUUCUGACUCUGGAGUGGAGAGGGAUUCAAACAAACGUUGA